AUGGCGAAGGCCGCGACAGAGAAAUACGGCUUCUCAAAGUCAUAUGACUCCUUUCAUGAGCUACUGGAUGAUCCGUUGAUCAAUAUUGUCCAUAUCUCCCUACCAUCCAACAUGUUUUUUGAGUGGGCUACGAAUGCAUUGACCGCCGGAAAACAUGUUAUAUGCGAAAAGCCGUCUACAGCAAAUGUGGAGGAGACUAGAGCAUUGAUCGAUGAUGCAGAGAGGCGGGGCUUGGUCCUCCAAGAUGCCUUUCACUGGCAAUUCCAUCCAGCCGCUCAUCGGUUCAAGGAGAUUGUAGAUUCGCAGAGAUACGGGAGAAUCAUUCGUACUGAUGCCUGGAUGACAUCUAGCCCCGCUGUGCCCAAUGCAGAUCCAAGAUGGCAGUAUGAUCAAGGCGGCGGUUCCUUGAUGGACGGAUCAUACGCCUUAUCGUUCACUCAAUAUGUGCUUCGGUCUAAACGUCCAAAGAGGAUCCUUUCGGCAGCUGCUCGUCCAUCAAGGGAUGAUAGCCGCGUUGACGCUGCAAUGCAUGCAAUAUUGCUCUUUGAAGACGAAAAAGGUAACCCCAUUACAAGCCGGAUUUACACAGACAUGUCUCGCAGCAGACUAGGUGGUAUUCUCCCUCGUGUCUGGGAACUACCAUCGAUUGAGGUGGAGACAGAUGCCGCAAUAAUCUAUUUCUACAACGCAAUGAUGCCCCAUAUCUAUCAUUACCUCUCCAUCACUGAUAAGCGGACUGGGAUCACAGAAUACAAGACGCAGAACUCGGGGGGCCCUCUCUGGGGUGAAAGGUGGACAACGGGAGGAAAAGGGGGGAAGAGUUACUGGAGCACAUAUAGAUGGCAACUGGAAGCAUUUCUCGAGAAAGUCAGAGGCAAGGAGCCUAUAUGCUGCAUUCUAAUGACGACGUUAUUUAUCACGUGGAAUGCAUUGAUAAGAUUUACAAAGAGGCUGGAAUGCCCGCUAGAGCGGAUCCAGAGGAGAUUCGAACAGGUGAAAGAGGCCAGAUGCUAG